CGCGUCGCGUCGAGGCAUCGGUUGCGAUCAGGGGCACGACAGGUCGGCUGGGUUAGGCUCGAAUAGACUGUCAAUGAGGUGUCCAGCUGUGCCCAUCCUGUGCAACGCGGUAACAAUUAUUCCGUCAGCCGUAACGUUGUCCCUCCUUAGCCGUGUUCCAGCACUUUUUACCAGCCCCACCAUUCCUAUAAACAUAGCGUAGCGGUGCACACUUUGCGGCGUUUAGUCGCUAGUUAACCGUGCUCGUUUCACAGUACAUAUUCGUUUGCAAGCUUCGCGUUUCGUGCGACGAUCAACGUAGAUCUUCAGCCAAGCUGCCACGACUCUAGUAUCGUCGAGGCUAAUUCUGCGUGCGGCGAUUAUCGGUAAUGGUCGAUUCUAUUCUUUGCAGAUGAGACUGAUCGAAACGCGUGUUCAAAGAGUGUUAAAAGUUUCGUCGAAACGGAAGAAUUUGUGCGGUGAUACGAAAUGAACAAGGCGAGUCCUCUUCAUUCGAGUUUUACCUUUUAUCGCGUGUAUUUGGUAUAUCGUGUGUUCUGUCGUGUCGACGAUCUUUGGUAACAAGCGAGGGAAUUAUCGGUGAAGUUGAAAGAUAAUAGCUGGAAAGCGUAGCCGGUGGACGGUGGAGCAAGAGGCAAAGCGAUCGACGAGGAAAGAACGGAGGAAAUAGGAACGAAGAGGAAGCGAGUUGGAACCGGCAUCGCGAACCUUGAAUCUCGGUCUAACGAGGUGAACGAAGGAAGCUCUGCGGCGUUGUAGAGCGUCGGUGGAGACGGUCGUCGUGACGGUAAAAGCGGGUCAAGGUGUCGAAGACGACAAGCGGUCGUCGAGAUAUCGGCGCGAGGUGUUAGCGAGUCUGCCUGGAAAAACAAAGCGUCACGCGACUCUGUUAACGAUCUGCUAGCUCCCCUAUCAGGCGCGUGAUCGUUAAUCAACGAUCGGGGAUCAUCGUGUUUGGACUUUCUCGGAGUCAUCGUCACGCGACUCCGUACACUGUCAACGGUCGACAGGGGAACGUCGAGCUGUGAUCGUAGACCGCUGUCGUCUCCAUCGGCAGUCGAUCGAGGAAAGCCGCUUCCUCUACACGAUCCUCCGACGAUCGUCCGUCGGUAUUUUCCUCGAAUCGCCGAACUUUAUUCUCUUCUCGAUCGCGAAUCGAAUCAACGCAGUUACCUAACGUUCGCUAUAACACGGUACCGUGCGUUUACGGCCACUCAAUCCGGUCGAACAAUUUCGGUCGCGUUCGGCCAAAUAGCAAGGAUUUUUAGAAACUUUCUUAAACGCUUUUUCGACGAAUCUAACUCGAACUCCACGUUGGGUACAUGGAUUCGCGUUGCUCCUGUCGAAUCCAAGACUUCGUGUAUCAAGAAUAUCCCUGUGUUCCAACGAGAAACGUGAAAGUCAGUUGGAUUCCUACGGCCAAGCUAGACAUUUUCGCCUCUGUCCUACGAAACAUCGAGAAGCUCGCAUAGCCGGUGUCUAUCCUAUCGAGAAAGCUUGCUUGCCAACGGCGAGUCGAUCUUUCGGCCGAUGACAGCCGAUGACAGCCGAUACAAUCAACCGUCGUUCGAUUCCUCUGCAUACGAUUUAAAUCUCCGUUGAUCGAGAUUGUUCGAAAUCGAUCGAGCGAAACAUCGUGAAUCGAUAACGACACGACCCGACGUAUCGGAUAGCUUUUACCGAUUUCACCGAAUACGUAUACACACACGCGUAUAUAUACAUACAUAUAUACAGAAAUUGGUUUCUUAAAGGGCAAGUUCUGGUUAGUUCUCGAGGGCGAUACCGAGAUACGAUAUGGAGAUCGACACGAGUAACAGACCGAACAGGUCGACCGAGGAGUUAGCCAAGCGACGCGUCUCCAUUAGCGAUCAGAUCCUCGGCAUGGAUAAUCCCAACUUUGAUCAUCAUCGGCGCAUAAGCGCCAGCUCCGAGUAUAAUUCCGAUCAGGGUCGCGGCAAAUCGAUACUGCAGCAUGGAAGUAGUAACUAUGGUAGCGCGGAGAAUAUUCCGCAGCACAAGUUCGAUCUCGAGAACGGCAGGAUCAAUGGAAACAGGAAGAAGUCCGCGCAUAGCUUGACCAGCUCCAUUAGGGACAAGCUCGAGUACUCGGAGGAGUUGGAACGGCUUGAUGCUUCUUUCAGAUCAUGGUUGUACCUGUUUUGCGCGCGAUGCCACGGUCGCGACGAUACGCCAUCGUGGGAGCCGACGGGUUGGAGGAAAGCCUGUCCACAACCGUUUUGUCCGAGCUACCGAAAAUUCGCUCGGCUGUUGUGCCUGUUCCUGUUAGGGCUGCUGCUCUGGGGCAUCGUGUAUACGAUACUAAAAGAUGACGCCGCCCCCGGUGGUCAGCUUUUCGGCCUCGCCACCCUUUGCUUGGCGGCGCAUUUUGGCGGAUGGCUAUUCUCCUUGACCACGCUUCCUGCUCUAAUCGGCAUGUUGAUCACCGGGAUUAUACUGCAGAAUAUCGGUCUGGUCUCCAUCGAAGGCAACUACGUCACCGUUGUCUCCAAUUUGCGAAAGGUCGCUCUAGUUAUUAUCCUUACCAGAGCCGGUUUGGACUUGGAUCCAAACGCCCUGAAGAGGUUGAAAGUUACGGUGCCGAAGCUCGGUCUAAUUCCAUGGGUGGUCGAAGCACUCGUCGUAGCUGUACUAACGAAAUAUCUUCUUCAUUUGCCCUGGAUAUGGGGUUUCUUGCUUGGAAGCGUAGUAGCUGCUGUUUCGCCGGCCGUUGUAGUACCUUGCCUCUUCAGGUUACGUGCCAAAGGUUACGGAGUUGCCAAGGGCAUUCCAACUUUGAUCAUCGCUGUGUCUGGAAUCGAUGACGCGGCAUCAGUGGCGAUCCAUGGGAUAAUAAAGAGCAUCAUGUUCUCCCACGAUGCGCUCUGGUAUCAGAUCCUGCAGGGUCCUAUCGCCAUUCUCGGAGGUCUUGGAUUCGGAGUCCUAUGGGGUUGGCUGGCUAAAUAUGUUCCGGAAAAGGGAGAUCCUUUCAUGGUGCCUAUGAGAGUACUGAUGUUAUUAGGAGGUGGGUUACUGGCAGUAUUCGGAAGCGAGGCGAUCGAGCUAGGAGGUGCUGGACCUUUAGCGGUAGUCGCAGCGGCCUUCGUCAGUUGCUACUUUUGGCAGACACAAGGCUGGGAAGUUGACGACAACCCAGUGGCAACAGCCUUUGAGAUCUUCUGGAUGAUCUGCGAGCCGAUUCUGUUCGGUGUAACGGGUGCUCAAAUCAAGAUCGACGAACUGGAGGGGAAAACGGUGUACUUGGGCGUAAGCUGCCUGCUAGCAGGUAUAGUAAUUCGCAUCGUGGUGACCAUUCUUGUCGGAAUCGGCUCGAAACUGAACCUCAAGGAAAAAGUAUUCAUCGCUUUAUCCUGGAUGGCGAAGGCAACCGUGCAAGCUGCGCUUGCACCCACUACUCUCGAUAAGGUGGACCCGAAUGACCCGGAACAGGUGUAUUAUGCCGAGACUAUGGUGACCAUGUGCGUUCUGUCGAUUCUUCUCACCGCUCCGGCCGGUGCGAUCAUUAUCUCGCUGACAGGGCCGAAACUUCUAAAGAAAACCACGGUUCCUACGGCAUCCCCCGAGGGCUGGAAAGCACGCAGACCCUCGAUUCGAGACAUUUCCAUCAUCAACGAAGACCCAGACCUCGAGGAGACCGCAACCGAGAGGAAGGCUUGAGGCGUUCCCCUUGAACGGGCACGAACGUGAUCCCUUUCUCCCUUUCUCCCUAUUCCACCUCUCUCUGUAGAUCUUCUAGCAAGCAUUUCGCGUUUCGUUUCUAUUUUAUUCCGUUACUUUGUAUAUCUUUGUAUAUCAAAUUCCAGACUCGGACAAGGUAAUGGAAAAAGGUGAUUGGGCUCCCUUGACGAGAUCAUGGAAAACGUGCGUGCAGCUAUGCGUUUGUGUACGUAGAUCGAAAUGAAAUGAACCUGCGAAAUUGCAACGGUCAAGGUUAGCUCGACGAUAUACCGUCUCUUAUUCAUAGACACACGGUCAUCGUUGAUAUUUUCUGCUCAUCCGCAGUAUAUUCGCCAACUAUGUCCAUUUAGAGCACGACGCGUUGUUUUUCAAUAGAUUUUUAGUUCGUACAUUCACGGUCGGUUGUUUUAAAUCCUACAUAGGUCAUUUAGCAGAAACAGUGGGUUGUUUCAAAUCUUACGUAGAUAGAUAGAUAAACGGGGUUGGAUGAAAUGUUUUCGACUGGCCAGCUUGGACGAUUGUUAUCAUCUUCUGACGAACAAGCCCUUCGUCUUAUUAUUUUCACUCCCAUAUCCGAAUAAGAUAAACACGUUGGAGAAUAAUUUGGAUAAAAUCGUGAAAGAAACUUGGCGCACCGUCAAUCAGAAUCGAAUAUCAAUCGUACCAGCUAGAUUCAUUCAGUUUUAAAAAUCGUAUUAAUAUCACUUUUAGAUCAUUUUCUCAAACAUGCUGAUCAUUGUUGCUACAAAAUGAACGGAGAAAAUGUACAGAGGAAGACUUAGAAUAAUGCAUAAAGCUGCUUUAUUCCGACAAAAUCUGUCCUCAAUGCAAUAACAAUAAUAAUAAUAACAACAACAACAACAACAACAACAACAAUAACAACAACAACAACAAAAACAAC